CAUGUUAUUUAAAUCACAUGUUCUCCUGAAGCAGGCUCUGAGUGCAUGGGAAGUAUGACAUCAUGAUCAUUAGACUUUGUACCACCGCUCUCAGCAGAGGCUUUGUUUUCUCUCAUAGUGUUGACUUGCCGGUUGUGCAGUUGAUGCAAGCUUGAGGGAACGCCUUAAAUCUCAGUGGUGAGGAUGUCGUCCCCGCGCCCUCCACCCCGUCUCCGUUCCCCUGACCAUGUGAGCUGUGUGCAUUAGUGAUGUCGUGGGAUUUGGAAAGAGGGAUUUCGUUCACCUGCUCCAUGGGACAGCAAUGCCUUCAGUAUUUUACAUACAGUAACAAAGUUCUAGGUAGUGAAAUGUUAAAGUGACUUGAUUUGUUCGGUGAACAGUUUUUUGUAGGCCAUGAUGUGUAACGAGGAAUAUAAAAAUGGACGCUGGUUUUUCGGUUGUUUUUGAGGUGAAACUUAAUCAUGGACUGCUUCGCUUGACCCUACUGACUCUGAUUGAGAUCUGCUUUCCAGCCUAAUGGAGCACAUUCAAGGGGCUUGGAAGACCCUAAGUAAUGGGUUUGGAUUGAAAGACUCUGUGUUUGACGAUACCUGUAUGUCUCCCAACAUUACCAAGGGCUUUCCUUAUCAACGACGCUCCUCGGAUGAUGGGAAAAUCCCAGACUCCUCCAAAGCUAGCACAAUUCGCGUCUAUCUGCCAAACAAGCAGCGCACUGUGGUGAGUGUGCGGCCGGGUAUGACUCUGCACAACUGCCUCAUCAAAGCCCUUAAAGUUCGAGGGCUUCAGCCAGAGUGCUGUGCUGUGUUUAGGCUCCAUCCAGAGCAGCCUAAAAGCAAAAAGUCCCGUAUGGAUUGGAACACUGAUUCUACCUCACUCAUAGGAGAAGAGCUGGUGGUUGAAGUUUUGGAUCAUGUACCCCUGACUACGCACAAUUUUGUACGAAAAACAUUUCUGAAGUUGGCCUUCUGUGACAUAUGCCAGAAGUUUCUCUUGCAUGGCUUCAGAUGUCAGACAUGCGGCUACAAAUUCCACGAGCAUUGCAGCACCAAAGUCCCCACCAUGUGUGUUGACUGGAGCAACAUUCGACAGCUCCUGCUGUUCCCCACACCUGGAGAAAGUGGAACUCAUUCUCUGCCACCUCUCUCAUCUCGGCGAAUGCGAGAUUCUUUAUCCCGGUUUCCUGCCAGCACACAUCACAGACACUCCACCCCUCAUGCCUUCAACUACAUCACACCCGCCCCGCCCGCCGAAGGCUCUCUAUCACAGAAACAGCGCUCCACCUCCACUCCUAAUGUCCACAUGGUCAGCACCACCCUGCCUGGGGGUGCAAUCGAGGAUGCCUUUAAAAGGCAGGAAUCAGGGAGCCCCCCUAAUCUCAGUCCAACAGGCUGGUCACAGUCGAAAACCCCAGCACCUGUUCACAGGGAGAAGGCACCUUCAUCUAAUACUCAGGAAAAAAACAGAAUACGGCCCAGAGAGAAGAGAGAUUCCAGCUAUUACUGGGAGAUAGACGCCAGUGAGGUGGUCCUCCAUUCCCGAAUUGGUUCAGGGUCUUUUGGGACAGUCUACAAAGGAAAGUGGCAUGGUGACGUGGCAGUGAAGAUUUUGAAGGUCACAGAUCCCACGCCAGAGCAGUUUCAGGCCUUUCGUAAUGAGGUGGCAGUGCUGAGGAAAACCAGGCAUGUCAACAUUGUGUUAUUCAUGGGCUACAUGACCAAAGACAACCUGGCUAUUGUGACGCAGUGGUGUGAGGGAAGCAGCCUCUACAAACACCUGCAUGUACAAGAAACCAAUCUGCAGAUGUUCCAGCUGAUUGACAUUGCCAGGCAGACUGCUCAAGGCAUGGACUAUUUGCAUGCAAAGAAUAUCAUCCACCGGGACAUGAAGUCAAACAACAUCUUCCUACAUGAAGGCUUAACUGUGAAGAUCGGAGACUUCGGUUUGGCUACGGUGAAGACAAGGUGGAGUGGCUCCCAUCAAGUGGAGCAGCCUUCAGGAUCCAUCCUGUGGAUGGCUCCUGAGGUGAUCCGCAUGCAGGACAACAACCCCUACAGCUUCCAAUCAGACGUGUAUUCCUAUGGUGUCGUCCUAUACGAGCUGUUGACCGGGGAGCUGCCUUAUUCUAUGAUCGCAGACAGAGACCAGAUCAUCUUCAUGGUAGGAAGAGGAUACUUGUCUCCUGACCUCAGCAAGCUGUACAAAAACUGCCCCAAAGCCAUGAAGAGGCUGGUAGCCGACUGCAUCAAGAAGUCCAAAGACGACAGGCCGCUGUUCCCUCAAAUUCUGGCCUCUGUAGAACUGCUGCAGCACUCGCUGCCCAAAAUCAACCGCAGCGCCUCUGAGCCAUCUCUCCACAGAGCUUCUCACACAGAGGACAUCAACGUGUGCACCCUGACCUCCACCAGGCUGAAUGUCUUCUAGAAUGGACAGUUUUGUUGUUUCCAAAGCAAAAGUUACCCCAACUAUGACGCUGCCUGGAAACUCCUGUUACGGCCAGUCAUAUGUAGUGCAUUUUAUUUCUUCUCUAAAACCAAGCAUGAGCAGUUUGGCUCCAUAAAUAAUGAAACAAACGCCUUCAGUCUUGGGGAAGGUGACUGAAGUGAGGUAGUUUGUGCCUUGACGCUCAUUAUAAAAGGCCUUUAAAGGGGAAUUCCACAGAUCUGUCACAAUUUCUGGAUAAUUAAAUGGUUGAUGUAAACGGUCUUUCAUAGUGGUUUGGUGUGAAAUGAUGUUUGACAGAAACUGACAGUCAGAAUUAUUUACAGUGAUGGGUGAUAGGAACCAGACGUCUAAUGCUUUUAAUGCUGCUAAAAGCUUCUUGGUAGAAAGUUGUAAAAUGGCUAUUUUCAUUGUAGAUGUAGUCCUGGUUCCUAUCACCACCACUGUAAAGAAAUCAGUCAGUUAGCUCCUCUGCAAUGAACCAUUUCACAUCAAACCACUCUGAAUGACAUCUCAUGCAUUGAAUCAUGUAGAAAUGUAGAAAAAUGGGUGGAAUUCCACUUUGAAAGUCUUGUCUUGCCUUGGCUUUGUACUGCUCACAAAUGUAAGUGACCUUUCAGGUUUAUUUUUCUUUCAUGGUGCCCAAAGAUCGGUUCAAUGGAGGCAACAUCAGCACUUCUGAUUUGAUUGAGACUUACAGUGCAUCACGAAGCAGAGCUCAUAAGCACAGCAGCUUUGUAGCUUUGGCUGUAUGUGAUCUUUACAAAGGUCCUAAAUCGCUUUUAUGCUUUUGUGAUGAUUCAACCAUAACUCCUCUCAGUGAUCCUAGAGUUUAAAACAUGUAAUAAGCUGUACAAGUGCAAAUUCAAGACUGUGGCCGUUUGCUUUUGAAGGUCAAAUUGAUUGUUGUUACCAAGGAAACGUGGAUGCACAGUUCAGAUGGAUCCUCAUCAAACGUUACAUCAAGUUGAGAUGCCUUUUUGGCAUUAGAGUGUAUUUGUCGCCGUGAUGGUUUGUUUUUACGAGGCUGUACUUAUUCCAAGAGUCAAUGACUAGAGCAUAUGAAUGACUAUUGUUAAAGUUAUUAGGGAUUUUAAUCUAUUUUUGACCUGUUAUUGCGUUAGCAAGCACUAACUUGUACACUUCAAAGACGGUUUAUGCUUUGUAUUUUAAUAAAAGUAAGUUAAAUACA